AUGCCGAGGCCACGCAUGCCCCCAUUGGAACUAUCCGACGAGGAGAGGGCGAUCAUACUCGAUAGUAGCAAUGUGGUAACAGGCAGCGGCACAUUCGAGCAAUAUAUUGACCACUCCAACCCUAGUCUCGGGACAUUUCAUCAAUCAUACUGGUGGAAUGCGACAUCCUGGGAAGGACCCGGAUCGCCUGUCGUCUUCUUCACGCCAGGAGAAGUCGCUGCGGCGGCCUACACGGGCUAUCUGACUGAGAGAACCAUUACCGGCCAGCACGCCAAAGCCGUCGGUGGCGCCGUCAUCAUCAUGGAGCACCGGUACUGGGGCAACUCGAGCCCCUACGUCAACCAGACGACGGAGAACCUGCAGUAUCUGAAUCUCGAGCAGAGUAGUGCCGACUUUGCCCACUUCGCCAAGACGGUCGAGCUCCCCUUUGACACCACCGGCCAGACCAAUGCUGACCAAGCGCCUUGGAUCUGGGUGGGGGGCUCUUACUCGGGGGCCCUGGCCUCGUGGGUUGACAAGCUCCAGCCUGGUGUCUUCUGGGCAUACCACGGCAGCUCUGGGCCGGUCCAGGUCAUCUACGACUACUGGCAGUACUUCUACCCCAUCCAGGAAGGCAUGCCUAAGAACUGCAGCAAGGACUACGAGGCCAUCAUCGAGCACGUCGACGGCGUUUUCAUCAACGGCAGUGCCGAGGAGAAGACGGCGCUCAAACAGAUGUUUGCCGUCGAGGCACUGGCCCACGAUGCCGAUGCUGCUAGCGCCAUCUCGUCUCCCAUCUGGGCUUGGCAGUCCAUUUCCAUGACCACUGGCUACUCGCAGUUCUACCAAAUGUGCGACGCUAUCGAGGGGGUCGUGGAAAAUACCACGGCCACCUACAGUCCUGACGGUGUGGGGUUGGACAAGGCCCUGCCCAAUUUUGCCAAUUGGUUCAUAACAAAGUAUAUCCCUGGUUAUUGCGAUGGCUACGGCUAUAGUGAUUGGUCGGGCGUGGACAACGUGCAGUGUUUCGACACGUUCAAUUCAACCACGGAAGCGUUCCAUGACUGGACCCCACAGAACGCCGUGGACAGACCGUGGAUCUGGAUGACUUGUAAUGAGCCUCUCUUCUACUGGCAGACUGGUGCCCCUAGAGGUUUCCCCACCGUCUUCACCCGCCUGGCCGAUACAACCUACUAUCAACGUCAGUGUGAGCUGUGGUUCCCGACCGAGGGCAACUAUACCUUUGGCAGUAACCAAGGCUUGACGGCGGCCGACACCAACGACCGUCUCGGAGGCUGGUUCAAUACCAACACGACUCGUAUGCUCUCGUCCGAGGGCGAGUUCGACCCCUGGCGCUCUGCAUCCGUCUCGUCCGUGUUCCGUCCGGGUGGACCGUUCGAUGGCACCGAGGCGGCUCCGGUCAUUCUCAUGGAGGGCUCGAUCCACUGCCUCGAUUUGAUCGUCAGCAACGCGGUUCACCCGUCCAUUGCCGCCGCCCAGAAGCAAGAGAUUGCUCAAAUCAGUACCUGGGUUGACGAGUAUUACACGGCGAAAAAGGCCAAGGAGGUCACCAAUGCCAAGAGGGGAAAGAGUGACCGACGGAGUCCAGCCGUGAGAUUGCGACGUGACUGGAUGAAGACAGUCGACUAG